GUGGGUGUAUACACGCGAAUGCAAGAGAUAUCGUAUUCUACGAUUCGCAGAAAGUAAUCGACGCUCACAGACACGUGGCCACACGCUAAUGUAGGUACGGACUCAUGCGUAUAGGUGCAGGUACGUAGGUAGCUACAUGCUAUAACGUAGACAUUUACACGUAGCUACACGCUAUAACGUAGGUACGGACACACACGCACACGCAUACGUGUAGGCGCACGUACACCUGACCCCGAACCAUGCUGCGCACAGAGAUCGAGCAGCACAUGUACAUGACGCCUCCGUCGCUGCAUCACUACCCGACGUCGCGAACGUCGGCCUACAGCUUCCCGUGUGCGCCGGACCCGUCGCCGCAGUUUUCUCCGCUCUACCAGUGGCCGUACCAGAGAGAGUACCUGCCGCAGCCGCAGCCGCACAUCACAGGCGGCUACAUCAACACGGCGUGCAAGUUCGCGGCUUCCCCGCCCGUGCGUUCGUCGGCGGCAGCGGCAGCGUGCAGUAAGGGGGACACUCUGGCCGACACGUUGGCAAACGGCUAUGCGCAGAGCACAACGGUGUACAGAAGCUGUGCAUUCCUGAAUCCAGAAUGUCCGAAGACCAUGAGCCCGGUGUCCGGCAGUGAAGCGGAAUUUUGUCCAGCUAUUUUUCCAACGACUGGCGACUUUACCUCCUGUAGCUCUGACGCCGUCAGCAGGGCGUUUCUGGCGGAGGCGGAGAGGGCAGCCGAGGGCUACCACCUAGAUCUGAACAGCAAGCCGCGCAAGGAGCGAACCGCCUUCAGCAAGAGUCAGAUUCAGCAGCUGGAGAAUGAGUUCCAGGGUCAGAACUACCUGACGCGUCUGCGGCGAUACGAGAUCGCCGUCUCUCUCGAUCUCACUGAGCGACAGGUGAAAGUCUGGUUCCAGAACAGGCGCAUGAAGUGGAAGCGUACCAAGGGGGCGCUGCUAGCCAAGGACAAGGUCAACGCGCCGCUGAAGGAAUCCACGCUCAGCGUGCAGCAAAGUCUGCUCACGAUUAAGUGCAAGACGGCCAUCACGGCGGCGGCGGGGGCGCCACCGGCAACCAACACCAUCGGCACCGAGCCGAAGCAUUAGUGUCGCGGCGCACGUGCAGCGCUGAUCAUCGAAGACCUGUGAGAUGCCCAAUUCGCCUGCCAUCCGUACCCUGCUGCUAUUGACACACGUAAACACCGCCGAAAACACCCGUGCUUGUUCGUGCCCGUAGAUACCCGUGGUCUCAGAUAGUCGCAAACAGUCGUAUGUAUUUGUUAACUUGGUUCUUGGGCAAGGAGCCCUGCUAACAUUGUGAGUUAGUAGUAUGCUUUGCGGUUAUGAGUAGGUAGCCAUGUUGUUCGCGUUGUAACGGUAUAGUGUUUCCGGUGUCGUCAACGUCUAAACUCGCCACCAUCAGCGCAUAAAGAUCUCAACGAGUAACUGACCUGUGGGUUGGCUUGUGUGUGUGUGUGUGUGUGUGUGUGUGUGUGUGUGUGUGUGUGUGUGUGUGUGAAGAAAGAGAGAAAGAAGGAUAAAGGGCGGGAGAAAAGG